CCCUCGCCGCCUGGCAAGUACUUUGAGUCGGUCAAGACCUAUUCAUUCACGCAGACCGACAAGGCUCUCAGGCACCACAUCAACUUCACCCUCGAUCAACCCUACUUCCUGCGGGCCAUCAUCUCCUAUGAUUUCCUGUGGAACAACCUCAACCUUCGUCUGCGUCAUGUGAACCCCUCGGCAACGACUGGCAACCUCUUGGCUUAUGGCAAGACAGCCUACAACAGGAACGAUAUCGACGUCGUGCAGCUCAACGAGGGCCAGUACGUUCUGGAGGUCUACGAGCCCUCGCUUCUGAACAACGCCAACGCUCGCGGCUGCGUCAAGUUUGACCUCCUGGUCGCUUUGCUGCCUGUGACACCAUCCGCUGAUAGCCCCGUGCUGUCGCGUUGCUGGGACUGGCCGCUGCCCGAGAGUGUCAACAAUAUCGCCGGCCUCUCCGUCCUCUCGGAUAGCACCAUGCACUGGCAACGCGACGUGCUGGCCAAUGUGCGCAGCAAGGAGGAGUACAUGGCCUUCAACCUGGAUACGCCCUCCGUGUUCAGGAUCUACAUUCCGCACCACACCCUCUUGGACGUAGAUCUCUACCUCUACGACGGCACGCCCGGCCACCCUGGUGCUGAGCAGAUCGACGCCAAGACCUCGUUUGGUGAAGAGAGCAUCGCGUACAAGCUUCCCGCCGGCCCGCACUUCCUCAAGACCAAGCUCUACCCGCAGCGCCAGAUCUCCCUGCCUUCGGCCUCGGAUUGCGCGUUCUUCCCCGCGGAAGUGGCCAUCGCGCCUCUCGUUUCGCUCACCAACAACCCGGCGGUCGGCCAGACGUGCACGAACAUGCCGCUCCCGGCUGCCCUCACGCCCAACACCGAAGUCGCAGGCACCUACCGCUACGCUCGCACGGCGGCGCAGUUCCAGCACAAGAUCGCGCUGAACGUCACCUCGAACAGCGAGCUGAUGCUCGAUCUCAAGUAUGACUUCAUCACGUCGGCCGUCUCGGCGAGGUUGACGCGCCGCGAGAGCGCCACCGCUUCGGGUGAGACUUUCUAUUCCAGGAUUGGCACCAACCACGCCUUCCUCAAUGCCGCCCUCGUUCCCGGCACCUACGAGCUGGUCAUUCACGACCCCGUGCCUGACUUCAAGAUCAACGAGCUGAAGUGCCUCACCUUCGAGAUGACGUACACCUUCCUCACCGACGGGGUGCCCGACGAGGACUUUGGCUGCGACUCCUCCCAGCUGCUGCCCAGCAACCUCGAUGCCGCCAACGGUGGCAGCGUUCCGUUCGGCGGUCCGCAGGCGGCCGAUGGUGAGAUCAAGAUCUUCGCCGAUCACGUGCUCAUUCCCAAGGAGCGGUUCACCGUGAAGAGGGUGGAGUUUGUGAACCCUCAGGACAGCUACCUGCGCCUCUUCGCCCACAGCGACAACACCAACAACGAUGUCGACUUCACGAUCUACAGCAACACCAACAAGACCGCUGGCUCCCUGAUCGGGUUCUCCAACUCCAUGCAGAGCAUUGAGAGCAGCCUCUUCUUCAUUCCCGCGUCGACCAACAAGCAUCUGCUCGAGGUGACCUAUUUCCGGAUCGACGAGAGCAAGCCGUGCAACUACUUCCACUUCGGGCUGGCCUCCAAGCCGCGCAGCAAGGUGUUGCAGGACCUCCUGUGUCCGAUCAACGUCAACUCGCCCCCGGUCGACCUCACCUUCGCCGCGGGCAACGACGUGGAUGUUCACAGCGACGACUACGUGUUCAACGCUGCGCUGAUCAACUCCACGCAGCGCACCUUCCGCUACUCGACCCAGCUCAACGUGCGGGACAAGACCACGUUCUCGGCCGAGAUCGGAUUCAAUUCCUGGCCAACGAUUUCCGCCUGGCUCUGCGCGACGCCAACAACGUCCAAGGUGCGCGGCACGUCGAACAGCAACUCGUACAUCAACUUCUACCACUACCUCCGCGCCGAGCUCCAGCCGGGCACCUACCACAUGGACAUUGUCGAGGACCUGCUGAAGACCGAGCUCAAGCUCAACUCGAGCCAGUGCCACCGCUUCUCGCUCAGCGUCUCGGGCAUCUCCGAGUCCACUCCGCACAUCCUCUCGGUCAGCCCGCCCGAGGGCCGCAACCUCGACCCGAGCAAGGAUCUCAACCUCAGGAUCACCUUCUCCGAUCCAGUGGUGGAGCCUCGCGACGUGGCUGCCUACCUGGCGACGCACAACCCUCCGGACAGGGCGCCUGGCCUGGCCCUCAGGCACGUCGCCACCGGUCGCCCGACUUUGAGGGGCGCUGGCGAAUGGGAAUGGAUUCGGCCCGCGAGUGUGCGGUUGGACGGCACGCGGCGAAUCCUCGAAGUGGUCUUCGCGCACGGCGACUUGCGUUCCGAAGAUGGCGCGUUUGAGCUGCUGUUCAACUUGACCGACUUCACCACGACGAACGGCGUCCACUUUGCCAACGCCGCGCAGCAAGGCCGCGUCUACAGCCUGGUAAACCUGAACUGCAGCGAUCACGGCCGGGGAACUGCCGGACCCAACGGCACUGUCAUUUGCCAGUGCGACAUGGGCUACGCGGGCGUCAACUGCGACUCGUGCGCCCAGGGAUUCCACUCUGUGGGCAACAAGUGUGCGGCCAACUUGCCGUGCACGCCUGAGUCUUGCAAUGGGCACGGAUCCUGCAAUGACCAGCUCGGCUAUCCCAUCUGCACGUGCUUCCAGGGCUACGCGACUGUCGGCACCAACUCGUGCUCCGUGUGCGCUCAGGGCUAUGAGGGCUACCCGCAGUGCGCGCCCAUUCCCGAGUCGUCGGACUCGUCGACCCGCUGCAGCGCCCAGCUUCUGCCGCGGCACCUCGACACCGUGGCCCACCUGGGCUACAACGACGAAGUCAGACUGCAGGGCUACUUCUACAUCGACGUCGCCCACCAGGAGCACAGCAUGUACUUCAAGCUCGCCGAGGACUCCCUCUUCCGCAUCUAUGCCCAGCCUCACUGGGUGGACAUCGACCUGUGGCUCUACCGGAUCGGCAAGACCAAGACCGAGACGAUCGCCAACGGUGGACUCUCGAUCGGCAAGGAGGAGUCGCUGUCUCUCAGACUCAACAAGACGCUGAGCGAUGACUCGUACCUCCUCAAGUUCCGCUACUUCGUGUUCAGCUCCAGCAGGCCCGCCUGCGAGACCGUGAACAUUGACCUGGCGAUCGCGCCCGAGUCCCGGGUGUACACGCGGGUCCAGAGCAAGAAGCAGACCUGUACCCAUGUGCUCCAUAACGUCUCGACCGCCCUGCCGCUGGCCGACCAGACCAUCAUCCAAGUCAGCAGCGACUCUGGUGGCUACAACUACGCUCCCAACCACAAGUUCGCCGUCGCCCCGCCCAACAAGCCUGCUGAAACGAGGCCGUUCAAGGACCGUGGCUACUACUUCUGGAACAAGUCGAUCUCGCUCAGCAAGGUGCCGGACAACCAUGUGGCGAUCCUGCGUGUCGAGGUCGGCUACUCGUUCCUGGAGAGUGACUUUGCCCUGCUGCUCGAGCUCGGUUCCAACACGCCCGACCACUGCACCGGCAGCCAGGACAGCCAUAAGUCGUGCAUCUACGGUUUCAACACGUACAACAAGAACAUCCUCGAGGCCGUCAUCCAGCCCAACGCCUACACUCUGUGGCUCUACCAGCCCGAACAGAUGUAUGGCGAAUGCGCUCUGUUCGAAUUCUCGCUGAGCGUGCGCUUCGAGGUGGACGACAGCAAGACCUUUGUGUGCGAGGGUCCCACGCUGCCGCCGUCGCUUAACGGCGUGAACUACAUCAACCCGCAGACGGGCUACCUCCACCUCGCGGAGGACUACGUCGUCGACUUCGUGCAGUACACCUACUUUGAAGUGAAGACACCCACCUACUUCAAGGCCGCCGCCAAGCCCAAGGGCAACUGGUGGGGCUUCGCCCUCUCCCUCUUCAGCGAGAACGACACCGACUACUACGUGAUCGCCGACGACAGCAUCUUCCGCCAGCUGGCGCCCGGCAACUACUCGAUCUUCAUCUCCGCCUUCUCGCUGGAGGAUGACCAGUACUGCCCUGAAGUGCGAUUGGAGUUGGAGCUCAUUCCGAAGCUGCUGUGGGACACCAUGCUGAGCGAGCAGAGCAACGAUCCCUGCCCGUUCCCCGCGAGAAGCGUGCUGCCCAUGCUGCCCAGCCCUCUUACGGGCCUCGAGUACACUUAUGCGGGCGACACCCUGCUUUACGCAUUUGGCACGGGUGACGUCAAGUCCUACACCAUCGAGGUCUCACAGCAGACCAGAGUGAUCGCCUCCAUCGAGAGCAACUUCAUCAUGGAUGACGUGAGGCUUGAGCUGAGGUCCACCGGUGGUUUGGCAGUCGUGAAAAGCCAGAGCGAUUACAACCGCGCCGUCCUCGACCACGUCCUCGAAUCUGGAACCUACUUCUUGGUCAUCACGCGCCCCACGUUUGAUGGUGCCCCGGCUCGUCCCUAUCAGUGCUCGCCCUUCGACUUUGCACUGUCGGUGCUGCCCUACGGCGUCUCGAGCCGCGAACAGCGGAACGCUUUGGCGCAAGAGCAGCAGCAGACUCCCACGACCAUUGCCGAUAUGGAACACAUGAAGUGGCAGGUGGAUACCGGCGUGGUCUCGCUCGCUCAGCUCAACGAGCAGCUGCCGCCGCCGCAGCAGGAGAAGAGGGACGACCCUGCCGCGCUGAGCCUGUCACCGUGUGUCGGCGUGGCCUUCGAGCAGAUUCCGGCCACGCUCAACUCCAAGCGCUUCCUCUACUCCGACCCCGUGAUCAACUACCAGUCGGACAACUUCCUGGUCCCGCUCGACGGCGCCAUCCUCACCGAGCGCGAGAUCCUCAUCAUCGCCAAGGAAGAGUCCAUCCUCCGCAUUUACACCGAGUUCUUCCGCCAGGUCGACAUCGACUUGAAGCUCUACAUGGCCAACGGCACCAACCAGGACUACACCCUCGUCACUUCAGCCUCCAACGGUAUCUACAACGAGGAGGUGAUUGUCGCCAAGCUGUUCCCGCGGAUCCCUCAAGCGCCCGGCAGCAGCGCCACCUUACCCGUGCGGUACAAGCUCAAGAUCAUCUUCUGGAAGUGGAACCUGGCCGACCUGCCCAAGUGCGCCACUUUCAACAUGGAGUUGGCCAUCACGCCCGUGUCCAUGAUCGGCGCCGGCAGCGCUGCCUUCUGGGCGCAAGGGGCACUCUAUUCCCUCGCGCCCGGUUUUUAA